AUGACCCGCCAAGACUCAGCGGCCCCAGCGGGAAGCUUGAGCACCCAGGGCCCCUCAAACGCCGGUUACAACACCAACCCUGUGCCGGUACCUGUGAUCACACAGACGGACACACGAGACAAAUGGAGCAAAAAGAUGGAUUUUCUUUUAUCAGUCAUUGGCUUCGCGGUAGACUUAGGAAAUGUGUGGAGAUUUCCAUACAUUUGUUACCAAAACGGAGGCGGUAAGAAUUUUUCUAAUUAUUUAAUUAUUUGCUUUAUAUUUUAGUGGAUGCCCUUAGUUACAUUUAUGUGGUCUCGUCUUUCUUGAUAUUAGAUAUGAUAAUAGGCUGCCAUUAAUAAAUAUUAUUCUGUUUGUAAUGAAGGAUUUGAAAAGGAUAGUUGCUCUUAUGCGCGCACCAGGGUAGGCAGGCUAUACCGCGUGCUGUCCAUGGUGCUGAAAUAAGCUUCACAGGCUCUAUAGCCUGCAAAAUCACUCCAAUAAACUCACUGAAACACACUUAAAUAAAACAUUUUAGUUCAUCUUAAAAGUAAAAUAUUGAACUAUGUAUUCCAUAGGUUUUCCUGUUUCUGAUUGAAAUAUAGCCUAGAAUAUUAGCUAUAUAGCCUAGAAUAUUAGCUAGGAGAGUUAAUCCGCCAAGAUUAGUUCGAACAGAGAUGAGUUUCGAUGUCCCAAAUGUUGUUGGACGCUGAAUGAGGCUACAAAACAUAGGCCUACCUCUAAUCUAAUCACUAUUAUGGAAAACGGAAAGUGGAAAAUGUCUAUCCUAUCGAGGUUAUAGGCUAUAAACGAAUUAAACAGUCUCUGAUUAAUGUAUUUGGCUGAAUACAUUUGUCUGUGUUUUUUUGUCUCUCAUCUGUAUUUACCGCUAUGUUUACACCACAUUUGUAGAAGGAUACCGUUUGCAGUUUGACUCGAGGGAGUAUUUCUUGAUGCAGUUAUUUCACCCACCAUAGUGAUAGAACUGCUUCUCUAAAAGUAGCCCAUGUAGCCAUUUGCAUGUAUAACUUCUGUUCUGAAUAAAUAUUUGUUUAAAGUUAUAACAUGUGUAGGGAUAUACAGUUUCUAAAAAAAAAAACUACCAAUCAUUUGACGGAUGGUCAGUUUGAAAAGUAAAGACAUUUCACAUCUUUCGAUGAUAACGUAGACGCUAUAAAGUUACCCAAAUAUUUGAGCAAUAAGAUUUCCCUUAGAAUAAAACACAAAAAAGUCGUUCAAGUGUAUCUAAAGAUAAAUAAUGCUUUAUAACCUGUUUAAUAAGAAUGUAUGAGCCUUUAUAAUGUCUUAUAGCAAGGCUUAUAAAUAAUGUUAUGUAUCUCUAUGCAUAACAUUUCAACUGUCUCAAACUGGCUGUUAUUUAGGCCUACAUCUUCAUCAACACAAUGUGAUCUCCUUAAAGUGAUGAGUCAGACCUGUGAUUUUGCCUCUACAUCUCGGUACAGGGGCUUUCCUAAUCCCCUACAUUGUAAUGGCGAUCUUUGGAGGGGUGCCACUCUUUUACAUGGAACUGGCACUGGGACAGUUCCACAGAACUGGUGCCAUAUCCAUAUGGAAACACAUAUGCCCCAUCUUCAAAGGUAGGAUUGGAAUCAUCUACCUUCAUACACAACCCACCUCACAACUCACUGAUCCCACACCAGCGCACAUCUUUACAUGACCUGCAUACUACACAUCUUCUUCUCACAUUCACGUGGGGACCCUUACUGUUGACUAUUCAACAGUGUAUUUAUAGCACAAGGUAACUGUGGAAUUAUUUGUGGGUCAAUUGAAAGGUAAAGUACAGUACAAUCCACAGUAAAUUAAAUGUACACUAGGCCUAUAACUACAAAGUCAUUGGUCAUUUCAAAAUGGCAUAAUAAGCCUGUUUACACUGAGAGACACCUCUAACCUCUGAUGGCACUGAUCCAUCUGUCCAUGGUUUCAGGCAUCGGGUAUGCGAUCUGUGUCAUCUCCCUCUAUGUCUCCUUCUACUACAACACCAUCAUCGCCUGGGCACUCUUCUACUUCUACUCCUCCUUCGCCAGUGUCCUGCCCUGGACCAACUGUGACAAUGCCUGGAACACUGAAAACUGCACCAACUACUUCCUGAAAGACAACGUGACCUGGAACAACUACUCCAGGUCACCUGCUGAGGAAUUUUACACGUAAGUGCAUGUAAGUGGCAGACAGCACGGGGAAAUACUGUCACCUGGAUCUUGAAAAGCCACGUCAAAGGGUUGACAUCAUUGUUAUCAUUUCAUUGCAUUCACAUGUUUCGACAUCUUUUACAUUUCAUAAUAGUGCAUUGUAGUUUUCGUUUUUUAAUCAAACACUUGCUUACAAGUGUUGAAACAUGCUGUGAUUAUGUAAAGCUUAUAGAAAACAGGAAAUGCACUCAGCACACUGCUAGAAAAAAUUGUGCUCUAUCUAGCUAACCAAAAAUAGUUAAAUGGCUCGCUUACACAGAUGUAGGAUCUUAAUUUGAGCCAAUUUGCUACAGCAGGAAAAUAAUCCUGCAGCAAUAGGAUGUGAAUUAUUAUGUGGAUUAUAAUUAAUGGAUAUUUUUGUAGGGCUUGAUACAUUUUCCGUAAGGGAAAAUUAGGUCUGAAAUUUCAACGUGGAAAUUACAAACUUCAGAAGCAUUUUUAUACCUCAAAUACACUACAAGUUUUACAUUUCCUCAUGCAACAGGGUGAUCAAAUUAAGAUCCUAUAUCUGUAUUAAAUGGCCCUCAAAUAGGAUCUAUAUCGAUCCACAAAGCAGCCUUAGUUUUAGCAGUGUAGGUAGGCCGAGGCCUACAGCCAAAGGUAGUACUUGUAAAUACACCACUCACAUAUUGUUCCAACACAGGAGGAAUGUUCUGGAGAUCCACAAGUCCGAUGGGCUGCGUAACGUGGGGGGUGUUCGCUGGCAGCUGAUGCUCUGCCUCUUCCUCAUCUUCACUAUUGUUUACUUCAGUCUCUGGAAGGGAGUGAAGACAUCAGGGAAGGUAACAAGUCCAAGCCACUCAUCCGGGAAAGGGGUGUGGGGGCAAUUACCGGAGCAUUGUUGCAUACUAUAGCAAAAAGGUGGGGGUUAGUACCGGGUCAUCCGACCCAAAGGUAAACACAUUGGCCACAGAGAGAUAUUUCAGUUGGGGACAUUCAUAGACUAGGGUCAUUACAAUACCAUGUCCAGUGUGAUUCACAAGGCUAUAAUCUCAUUUUCUCUUCCCUUCUCUGAGCUCUCUAGAGAGAGAGAGGAGAGAGAGAGAGAGAGAGAUAGAGUAGAGAGAGAGAGAGAGAGAGAGAGAUAGAGACUCUCUCUUCUUCUCUCUCUCUCUAUCUCUCUCUCUCUCCUCUCUCUCUCUCUCUCUCUCUCUCUCGCUCUCUAUCUCUCUAUCUCUCUCUCUCUCGCUCUCUCUCUCUCUCUCUCUCUCUCUCUCUCUCUCUCUCUCUCUCUCUCUCUGCUGCUGCUUUGCCCGUCCUGUGCCAGGUAGUGUGGGUGACGGCCACCUUGCCCUAUGUGGUGCUCUUCAUCCUGUUGAUCCGUGGUGCCACCCUACCAGGUGCAUGGAAGGGAGUGGUCUUCUACCUCCAGCCCAAGUGGGAGAAACUCUUCGAGACCAGUGUGAGUUAUGAGAGGAUUCCACAUGAUCACAUCAAUUCCAUAUGA